CUAUUUUAUUACAGUGAUCUGAUGCGAAAGAGUAUGCUGAUACCUUCAGUAAAUCGACCCGGUCAUUUCAUGGGUACCGAUCUGAACAUUGAACAUAUCAUCAACGCGCUCAAGUUCUACUACUCAUCUAAGGGAAUACACGCGUCCUGGGAUCAGCUCUCAGUAUACGCGAUCAACUUACCAAUCUACAGACCAAUCAAGCUCAAAAUUGCAAGGUGGUACGGCGCCAGUUGGACUGGAAUGAACCAUACCGUCCCGGAUACUUCGUCGCACGUCAGGCGUCUCAUGGACAAGGCGUACGACCUCCGCUUGGCCGAAUAUAUUCCCGGGCGUACUGUCGAGGAUGAGACU